AUGGUUUUUAAACGCGAUAGCCAAGAGCUCGACAACGUGAGCCCAAAGAAGUCGCCAGAGCAAACGUUCGAAAAUGUCUCAGAAGAGGUUGACCCCGACGCCUUUGAUCGCUCUCAACUGGCUAGGCUGGGAAAGAAGUCGGUUCUAAGGCGCAACUUCCGUUUCUUGACCAUCCUGGGUUUCAGUUGUGCUAUUCUCGUAACAUGGGAAGGCACACUCAUGAACUUUGCCCCCGGCCUGUCAAAUGGCGGCGCUGGAGGUCUCAUCUACGGCUUCAUCUUCGUCUGGAUCGGCAACAUCAGCGUCUUCUCAACUCUGUGUGAACUCGUCUCUAUUGCACCAACGUCGGGUGGUCAGUACCAUUGGGUUGCCAUGCUCGCUCCUCGAUGGUGUUCCAAGUUCUUGAGUUAUAUCACUGGUUGGUUGACUAUUGCUGGCUGGCAAGGAACUUCUGCCGCCGCCGCCUUUCUUACCGGCACUAUGAUCCAGGGUCUCGUGACAUUCACGACUCCCUCAUACAACGCUCAGACAUGGCAGGGAACGCUAAUGCUCUGGAUGUGUGUCCUGAUUGCCGUCUUUAUCAACACUGUCGUCAGCUCCAUGCUUCCCAAGCUGGAGGGAAUGAUCCUCAUUCUGCACAUCAUUGGCUUCUUUGCCGUUCUUAUUACUCUGGUCACUUUCGGUGCGCACGGCGAUGCGAAGAGUGUCUUCCUCGAGUUCCGAAACGAAGGCAUGUGGCCUACUCAGGGUCUGUCAUGGUUCGUCGGUCUGCUCGGUUGUGUCUUUUCAUUUGCUGGUGUCGACUGCUCUUUCCACAUGUGUGAGGAAGUCAGAAACCCUUCUGUGGCUGUUCCCCGAUCCAUUAUGACCAGUGUCUGCAUCAACGGCGCUAUGGGCCUUGCUAUGAUCAUUGCCAUGCUCUAUGGUGCUACUGAUAUCGACAAAGCCAUCAACUCCCCGACUGGCUACCCUUACAUCGAGAUCUUUUAUCAGGCGACCGGCUCCAAGACUGGUACCGCCGUCAUGACAUCCUUGAUUAUCGUCAUGACUCUAUCUGCUAUUGUCGGUGUCAUCGCCGCCUCCUCUCGCAUGUUCUGGGCCUUUGCUCGAGACCGUGGUGUGCCUUUCUGGUCCACUGUCUCCAAGGUUGAUCCUCGAACCAACGUCCCUGUUUGGGCCAUCACUGUCACCAGUGUCAUCUCGUGCCUCAUCGGUCUCAUCAACAUCGGUUCCACCGUCGUCUACAACGCCAUCAUCUCCGUCGCCGUCUCUGGUCUAUACUCUUCCUACCUCAUUUCAGCAUCUCUCCUGCUCUACCGUCGAUGCGGCAAGGGCUACAAGAUGCCUGAUCCCAGCGCACUUCCCGCCCUGGCCGACACUACUGCUGGCGAGGGUCAGACUCUGGCUUGGGGUCCAUGGCACGUCCCUGGCAUUUUCGGCAUCAUCAACAACACAUUUGCAUGCCUUUUCAUGAUCAUCAUCUGGUUCUUCAGCUUCUGGCCCCCGCAGACUCCUGUUGACGCCGCCUCCAUGAACUAUUCGUCUCUGAUGACAGGUGGAGUUACUCUUCUUAGCAUUGUAUACUACCUUGUCUGGGCCAAGAGGGAGUACAAGGGACCUCAGAUGGAGGUUUAG